CUGCAGCGUGCAUGUCCUGACUCAGCUCGGGUUAACAGGCUGGACUGGUCGUGUGUCGCAGCAGGGUAUUUGUACGUAUUUUGGACUACGGCUAAAGCUGCCGCCGCCGCCGCCGCUGCCGCUGCCGCUGCUGGGGAGGCGAUAUCGUGUUGCGCUGCACCCUAAUCGUUUAUUUUGAGGAGGGAGGAAAUGAGGCGUAGCGUCACGCUUUAAGGGUGCCAGCGGAGGAAAGACAACGCGGAUUCAAACAGGUGUCCGGUUGUCUCCCAUCAGCCCGAGCCCGGAGCAGGAAGGAAGAGAAAAGGCAACGAAAAGAAAAGAAAGAGAGAAAGAAAAAAAUGAGAAAGGACGGUAAUUCUCAACAUUUUUUUCAGUACAAAAAAGGCGGUCAAUAGGCAAAUCAGUCCGCUAAUUUCAGAACGUGUCGUUUCUUUCUGUAAACCGUGCGCUUCCCUCAGCUCAUCGGUGAUGGAGACCCCACAGACGAACCCGGAGAAAACCGCCUUUUAAUAUCUGCAACAGCUCGCUUUAAAAGAGAGGAGACAAAAAAAGAGGUGAAGAUAGCAAGCCCUGCAUCUCCUUUCUUUCUUUUCUCCCUCAGAGAAGGAAGAGGAGGUGGUAUAAGAGGAGAGGCGGUGACCGACAUCCCCCACGGGACAGGCCGACCGACCCACGCUGCUAACAGCGAUCCGUUGGUGCGUAAUCGGGCAGGAGGAAGGAGGCGGUGGGAUCCAAACGGCUAAUUUUGACACGUAAAUUUCAAAAACGGAUGGGACUUUGUAGCGAGGUUGUUUUGUUUUUCUUUUCUCUUGAGUAAUGGAGGACGUUUAAAGGUUCCGGCUCAUCGUUUCAGAGCUUAGGAGGAAAUUUGAAGAAUUGGUUAGAUUUUUUUUUGGUUUCCAACCAAAUUUGUAGGUUUGCACUGAUUUCAACCCCUGGCGAAAAGACAGAAGACCGCCGUUGGUGGUGUGGUUUCGGCGACGUUCGCUAGCCCGACCGAACCGGAUUCUGACGAAUUUUAACGGACACAAAGUGGGUCUUUUCGAGGGACUCGACUCUUGUUUAAACAAAGUGCUCCGCGUUUUAUCAUGACAACGAGGAAAGCCAGCAGUGUGGCGGACGUGGUGACCACCACCACCACCACCAGCAACCACCAGCACCAGAACCAGCAGAGGAGCCGGAGUCCCAGCAGCUACAGCAGCGUGGUUCCGGCGACCGAGGCGGCGCCCGGAGGGGCGGAGAUGUUCGGUGAAUUUCAGGACUGGUGCCUGCGGACGUACGGGGACUCCGGCAAGACCAAGACCGUGACCCGGCGUAAAUACAACAAAAUCCUCCAGACCCUGCUCCAGGGGGACGAGGAGAACAGCAACGGGGUGUUCCUGCAUGAGAAAAGCAACAACCACAUCAACGCCAAAUUUAAAUUCUGGGUCAAGUCCAAGGGCUUCCAGAUUGGGACCCUGCAGGACGGCAAGAACGGCUCAUCGGACAGACCGGUGCUGUACGUCCCCAUCAAGGCGACGUGUGUGGACAGUGUAUCCGGGGGCGACUCGUCCCUGAAACGCGUGGCAGUGGUGGAGGAUUUCUUCGACAUCAUCUACGCCAUGCACGUGGAGAUCAGCGCCGAUCCAGGCAAAGCACCGAAACACGCCGGCCAGAAGAAAACCUACAAAGCUAUAGCAGAGACGUACGCCUUCCUGCCCAGAGAGGCGGUGACUCAUUUCCUGAUGAGCUGUGGAGAGUGUCAGAAGAGGAUGCACAUCAGCACCACAGGACAAGACUACAAAGAGAACGACAGGCCGAGCUCUCUGGUGUCGGAGGUGAUUGACUACAACAUGCCUCUCACCACCACCUACAUGAAACAGAUGAAGCUGCAGUGCAUGAGCAACAACAAGGAUGACAGUUCACUGAGCAGCGAGGAGGAGGCAGAGAUGAGCGAGCCCGCAUGGCUAGCAGCUGAUCUGGGAGCAGCGUCUGACCUGAGCCCGCCAAGCCGAGGAGAGGGGAUGCGCCACAGUCCCCAGAACACACACAGCAAGGAGGACGACGAUGAUUCCUCAUCAGAGAGCGGCAGUGGGAAUGGCCUGCCUGCAUUAACCCCUCCCUCAUCCGCUGUGACGGACAGCACCAUUGUCAGGGAAACCGAGGUCGUCAAUGGCAACGGUGGCCCCGCCCCGCUCGACUUCAGCACGCCAACUUCCUCUUCCUCAUCGUCCGAGGACCAGCAGCCAAUCAACCUGAGUGACCCGCCCCCCCAGCGCCUGCCCCUGUCCACCUCUCACCUGCCCGUCACCGUGUCAGCAGCGGCUGCGGCGCUGCUCGGCGCUCUGCAUCCCAACGCGCCCGAGGAGCUCCGCAGGAAGUACCCGCUGGCUGCCAAACCUCCCCUGACUCCACACCCGGCCCUGCCUCUGCCACUGCCACAAACGCACACUCCUCACACACAUAAUUCACACACUCCCAACACACACUCCCAGUCCCACAUACCCACCGCUGAGCUGCGACUGGACCGAGACGGCAGGGACUACGGGGGCAAGUCCCCGCAGUACAGUUCAGGCGGCAGCUACGACAGCGUGAAGAUGGACUUGAGUGCCGAGGACCUGACCAUGGGGCGUCAUGGCAGCCAGGUUGCCCCUGACGAUGACGACGACGACCAUGACGACCACGACGACAACGACAAGAUCAACGACACAGAGGGAGUUGAUCCCGAGAGACUAAAGGCCUUCAAUAUGUUUGUGCGUCUGUUUGUGGACGAGAACUUGGAUCGGAUGGUACCCAUCUCCAAACAGCCCAAGGAGAAGAUCCAGGCCAUCAUCGAGUCCUGCAGCAGACAGUUCCCAGAAUUCCAGGAACGCGCCCGCAAGCGCAUCCGCACCUACCUCAAAUCCUGCCGACGCAUGAAGAAGAAUGGCAUGGAGACUCGUCCUACUCCACCUCACCUCACCUCAGCCAUGGCUGAGAACAUCCUGGCUGCCGCCUGCGAGAGUGAAUCACGCAACGCCGCAAAGAGGAUGCGCCUCGAAACCUAUCACGAUGAGCAGAUCUCUCUGGACAAGCCGUCCAGCGGUGGAGGAAGUCUGAGGGAGCCGGCGUCCCUCGCUCACUCUGCCUACUCCCUGGCCGCAUCAGCCUUCUCCUCCCAGGACACCCAGCUCUACAUCAACGGAGCCGGCCUCAGCUACGGCUACCGUGGAUACCCGGGCCUGGGUGCUGCCAUGCCACACCCCGUUUCCCUGACGACUGGCGCUGCCGCUCAGAGCAACGGUCCCACAGACCUCAGCAUGAAGUCUCUCUCCUCCGCCAACAUCAGUAACUCCUCCUCUUCUACCACCACCAACAGCCUGGGUGGGCGGGGCAGCGGGGGUUGCGGAGGGGGCGGGGCGUCAACCCAGCUCAGCCAACCAGAGAUCACGGCCGUGCGUCAGCUGAUCGCCGGCUACCGGGAGUCGGCCGCCUUCCUGCUUCGUUCGGCAGAUGAGCUGGAGAACCUCAUCCUGCAGCAGAACUGAUUUGGGGGAAAUGUGGGAGAACACACACAAAUACACACACACACACACACACACACACACCUCCCAUUAUGUUUGUUCUGUGUCUGUCUACGUCCCCCUGUCUCUCCUUAGUGACGCUGAACACCAGACCUCUUCUUGUUUUUGCUCUUCCCUCCUUAAAUCGGGGUUUUUUGUUUUCUCCUCAUCUGCCUUCUCUUCGGGAACUAUGGCUACUUUUUAUUUUUGGAGAAUAAGUGGGAGACUGGGACAAAGGGCGGGGUGGAGGGGGGGCAGUCCCACCGCAGUCAUUCCCAAAACAAUCCACCACAAUCUCAAUUCAUCAAUUCUGCCCGAGGAGGGGAAAAUAUUAAAAAAGGAGAUGAGCACUUGGACUCUGGAGGAAUCUCUUCCUGUCCUCUCUCAAAGCACCUCACAAUCAGCACUACACUCUGAGUGAAGGAGUGUGGGGGAGAGGAAGAGAGGAGGAGGGGGGGAAGGGAGGAGUGCAGGAGGAGUAGAGUAGCCUGGAGAAAGGAGUGAAGAAGACUGCUACUGUGGUUUCAGAGAAAAAAAAAAAAGACUUUGUACCCUUGUGGGGUGGAAAAGAGAACUUUUUGAAUUUCCCCACUGAGCUCCAACACAGGGAGUUUUGACUGACGGGUGCCCCGGCCAACGCUGUCUUACUAUCAUAACAAUUUAAAAAAUAAUAAAUGACUCCCUGAAUUAGUACUACUGAAGCUGUUCGCUAAAUGAGGAGUCAUUUUGAUUUGAUUGAAGAUUUAAUUUCGGGAGUCCUGUGAGCUUGUUUUUUUGGGGGUGGGGGUUGUUUUGUUUUGUUUUGUUUUGUUUUGUUUGUUUUUUUUUUUUUUUUUACUCUUCCCAAGUGACUGAAAGAAAGAAAAGCGGUUUGACUUAUCUUAAAAGAUAGCACUAAAUCCGGAAAAGACCAGAGGGGCCUAAGGACGGAAACUGGAAAAGAAAUAAGAAAGAAAUUGUUUGUUUGGUUUAAAAAGAAAAAAAAAAAGAAAGAAAAAAAAAAAGAAGGAGGAGAGAAACUUUUUCUGUGCUCGCUUGUAUAUAAGCUCUCUGUGUCCUAUAGCACUUUUCCCUCACCUGAAACCUCACCCUGAACCCCCCUAAUCCUCACCCCUUUUACCCAGGGAGCAACUUGCUACUUAUGCAUCCAAGACGCCAUGUUGACCACCAGGAAAUACCUCAAAUCAGACCUGCCAAUUCCAUUUUCAGUUCCGCUCACACACACACACACACACACACACACACACAUACAAAUACUCACAUUUAAACACACACUCUGCAAGUGAAUGGUAACAUUCCCACCAGAAGCCAGUUUACUUCUACUUCACCACCUGAUGUCUUCAAGGUUUAUAUAUUUUGGGCGGAGAAUCAAAAACUAUAUUGUGCAAAGACCUGUAAUGUCAAAACGAUGAAGCAUUUCAAGAACUGAUGUUGUAAACUUUUCAAACACUGAUAUCUUUAAACUUUACUUUCAUCUGUGCGGGUUUGUUCGUGUGCUGCUGUAUAUAAUCAGUUCAUCUUGAAAACUUGAGAAGAAUCAGAGCUGAAGUUGACAGGAGUGUAUUUCUCCAGGAGCAAGGGUGUGUGUAGAGGGGAUAGGUGUUUCUUAAAUGAAGGGGGAGUUAAAUGUUGAUUACUGGUGGCAAUUUUACCUCCCGCUUCUACUUUUUACAAAUGUAGACGUAAUGCCAACGAAACCUCAGCAUCAUUCUUUUUAACACCCCUCCACUCUCUCCCUCUCUUCUUCUUCUCCUUUGGACCUACUCUAUUCUUCUUCUUCGUGGACCUAAACAUCCUCCUCUUCCUCCUCUCCUCCCUGGUCCGGUCCAGGUUUCAGAGGAACAGGAGGACUGCUCUGUCUUACUGUGUUUGUCUGUUAGACUCUGAG